AUGUCGGUAUUUCCUAUCUAUCUAUCUAUCUAUCUAUCUAUCUAUCUAUCUAUCUAUCUAUCUAUCUGCUCAUAUCCAUUGGCGCUGCCUCUGUGUAUGUCCCGCCCUUUUUCUCCCCCUCUGUCACAGAUUGUUCAUAUCUAUCUAUCUAUCUAUCUAUCUAUCUAUCUAUCUAAAUCUGUUCGUGGCAAUCUUUCUCUUCUUCUCUCUCCCUCUUUCUAUAGUCUGUUUUCUUGUCUAUUUCUCCGUCUGCCCGUCUCUUUAUUGUUCGCGCUUUCCAUUGCCAGACAAAGAGUUUUUCAGAAGCGGGAAGAGGAGAGAAGCCAGGCGGACAGGUUUGGGCAACGAGGUUGGUCAGGGAAGGGAGACGCGUCUCGUUUUUGUGGCUGUCUUCGAUUAGCGCAAAGCGAUGGUCCGUCCGCUCAUAUCAAUAUUUUAUGCGGAAAGACAAAUACACCAACGUGGCUGGACGUAGAAACAUGA